UGUAAUGUCUGUCCCUAGCCCACAUGCUUGCCUAACAAGAUCUGGACAGGAGGUUCAUAGAUGAAGAGGGUGACCUAUGCAAGUAUGUGAUCAUGGGGACAAGGCACCAUUGGCUACUGGGGGAGAAGUACUGUAAGGAACAGGUUUGCUGCACUGGAAAUCUGAGAAGAAACUGGUAGAAACAGAAGAUAAAAACGAUUCCCUUAAGAGAAGGAAGAGAUGAUGGAAAUAGUCAGACUGGAGCUUAAGAAGAUAUAAGGAUAAAUGUGCAGGUGAUCAUACAAAAGAACACAAAGAGGGCCAAAAGGAGGACUUGUGAUUCAUGCCAACACCAGUAAGGAAGAGGCCUCUUGGGAACUUUUGUUGAAGAAUUACCAGGCUUAUCACCAGACCAGAACCAGAAAUUAGCAGGUUCUGCUACUUACUAGAAGUAAGGAUACUGAGACUUGGACCUGAAGCUUAAAGGAAUCUUGAUAAGAUGAGAAAAGAAUCCUUCGUGCUUCGUGUUAGGACAGUGGCAUCACAUGGCAAGAUUCUCAUUGGAACAGGAAAAGCCAGGCAACAGAGUUGAAGAAAGAGCAGAAUUCUUUUAGUCUCUGGAGAAAGGAAAGUGAAGACGUGAUAAGAUGAUGAUGAUCAACACAACUCAAGAAUUGGUGCCACGUGGAAGGUUUUCAGAUACUCAGCCAUUAGGAUGUAAUCACGGAAAAAAGUGUGUACCAGGGUGCUGCAUCACCCUAGGGUGCCUUGAGAUCCUUUCAGUUGUUCCACAGGGUGCUGUGUAAUGUUAGCUGUUAAGUGUGCACACUUGAUUUGCAAGAAAAACCCAAAGAUCUCAAAUAGGAAUCUAUAGUGUUAAAAAUAUUCUGCCUUGUUGUCAUCUGAGUUCUUUGCAACAGAAACUUCUCAAUUUUUCUGUAAUUGAAAAACCUGGUAAAAACUAAGAGCUGGCAUUUCUGGGCAUGCCAUAAAUAAUAAUUGGUACAAGUGACUGCAGUAGAGUUUGGAUUCUAUUGUUAGGCCAGUUUUGUACCAGGACAACUCACUGACUACAACAGUUACACAGCAGUGUAGGUAAAAACAGAAUCCAGCCCUCAGAUGGAGCACAUCCUGUUCAGCUUCUGUUUUCAAGCUUGUUUUGCCUUGCAUCUUCGAAUUUGCAUUUCCCACCUCUGAUUUGUUAAGAGAUUACUUCCCACUAGUUACAGUUCCUGUGGGGAAAUUCUAAAUGAGUUAUUUCUGACUCACCUGCUAUGCCUUUUGUUUCCUUCUAGUAAAGCUGUCUGGUCACAGAGCCUGCUUCCUUCCACUGAACGCACUCUGCCCAGAUUGUCUGGUACUUUUCACCACCAUCUUUCCUAUCUGAAUCUUAAGGAAGGGGUGUCUUGAGAGGAGGAACUCUGCUACCAGCCCAGCACUGUGCCUGUUCCAUUAAGACGCAAUGGCUGCUCCUCAGCCCUGUCCAUCAGCUCCUGGAGGCUACCCAGGCCCCUCUGCACCUCCUUCCUAUGAAGAGACAACAGGAAUUAAUGUUAAUUAUCCAUAUCCUUAUCCUAUGCCAGGACCUGGGCAUGGACCAGGCACAAAGGGUAUGAAUCCUCCUCCGUAUCCUACACAAGCUGUACCAGCUGCUAAUCCAAUUGCAGUUCAGACAGUGUAUGUGCAGCAACCAGUAACAUUUUACGACCGUCCAGUUCAGAUGUGCUGCCCUUCCUGUAACAAGAUGGUAGUGACACAUCUCUCACACAAUGCAGGAGCAUUGACCUGGUUGUCCUGUGGCAGCCUCUGCCUGCUGGGGUGUGUAGCUGGCUGCUGUUUUAUCCCUUUCUGCAUUGAUGCUCUCCAGGAUGUGGAUCACUAUUGUCCAAACUGUAAAGCUCUCCUUGGUACCUAUAAGCGUUUGUAGGCAAAAUAAAAUGUUGAGUAAAGAUGGAUGUUCAAGAUUGUUCAGCACCUUCACAAGCUGUUUCUAAACUUCAUGGAGAUCUCUGUAUGAUGCUGUGUGUUUUUUGUCAUGAAUCAGUCAAGAUGUAUGUCACUAGGUUGGUUUCAAUAUUAAGAAUGUGCUUGAGGACUUGGGUCUAGGAAGAAGGUAAAUAAUUUGUCACUUCACAGGGCACAUGCUCAUUUUGGCCCUUGUUGGUAGUGGUCAAAUGCCAUCCCUGCCUUGUUCGCUUCUGUAAAUUAAGUUGGUGAUGACAAUGCAGUUAUUCUUACCUAAUUAAUGUUGCACACUGUUACCUUUUGUUAGCAGAUUCAGCACAGAUGUGAAGGCACACCUGGCAAGAAGAGAGACUUACUCUUUUCUCCUUGGGUGGGAGAAAGCUUCUACAGAAGUGUUGUCUAUAGUCAUUCAUUCUUUAGCUAAAAAGGACUCUGAUCUCCAGUCUUGUCAAUCUGGCACCUUUUACAAGCACUAAAAUUCACUUUAAUUUUUGUUUAAAGUUGCCUUUAAGAGAGAGCCAAAGAAGUCUGAAGUUUUCCCUUCCCAUAGAUGUUUUACCAAAUAGAGACAGCUCAGACUAUUAUGCGAAAGGGUUUCUUAACCUGGCUUUUUCAUUAGUCAGAACUUUAUCGUGAUAGGUUUCUUGAUGGAAUUCAGUUAUACAUCUUAUGGAUUUUUUUACUGAGUUAUAAAUAUGGAAAUAUAUAUAUUUUUUUCUAAUAGUCAAGGGUCUAUCAACAUUUCUAUAUCAGUAUGAUCUUUCCUUUUAUAAUUAUGUGAGCCAAAUGGUAGAUCCUGAACAAACCUCAAUCUUUUGCUAAUUGUGUAUAGCAUGUAUUCCACCUGUAAAGCUGUAAAAUCAAAUCCAAAUGUAAUCAUUUUUUCUACUUGGUAGUCUGAUAGCCAUAUCUUUCCAUUUAGAAGAUAACUUUUGUAUGAAGGAGUUUUUCAGAGUAUUAGAUAUAAUUUGUACACUGAUUGUUUGCAAUGAAAGAUGGGUUUCUGAAAUCAAAAUAAAACUUGAGUAAAGGUGUUAAGAUGCUGGUUACAAGCUCUGAGGGACAAGUCUCUGAUGCUUCUAGCAAUUUAUGCUUGAAACUCCAAACUAUCAUCUGAUCCUUGUUUAAAAUAGAGUAUGCUUUGAUAAGGAAGGUUCAAAUGUGUCUUGUCUUGAUUGGAUUGAAUGAUGCCUUAGUAAAGUCUGUUAGGAGUGUAAAUAUAGGCUAUGGUUCUAAAGCUGUGUUAAUCUAUAUAAGCAAUAAAUAUUAUAACUAUAUUCCUUAAACUGUGCCUUUUUAUAAAUAGUUGGAAUAUGGCUAACUUUGAAAACACUUCAGCGUAAUGUUGAAAACAGUGGCUGCUAGAUAGACUAAGGAUACAAAUAUGUAUAUACAGCUGAUGCAUUACUUACUUUUGCUAAAUUGAUGCUUUUUUGUUUCAGGUUUUUUUUAAUGUUUAAUAAGAGCUUUUUUCAAUGUUACAAGUUUCAGAUCUGAUAUAUAGCUGUACCAUGAGAAUUUACAAUCGUGGCUACCACCUGGCAACACAAAAUGGUAUUCUCUGGUGGAUUUAUCUAAUUCUGUCAUUAUGGUUUAAUUUGCUGCUGUUUCAAUUUACUACUAGACAAUCACCAUCCUUUCCAAAAAUCUACUCUUGAUAAUUGGUCACUACUGGAUACUUUUGCCACUUUUUGCAGUGGUAGCUUGGUAUGAUAAACUAACCAGAGAUUACUAUGAUGAAGUAUAAAACAGUAUGAGUCUUUAAAUACUUCACAGUGCACUUACAAGGUGAACUCUCACAAAUACACCAUCUGUGAGUAUAAGUUACCUUCAGUCAAUAAAGCUCAAGCUUGAUGAACAGAGCAGUAGACAGUAGUGGCAAGAGCCCUAGAUUGGGAUUACUUCUGUGGAAACAAGAAUGAGAAGUUAUCAUUAUCAUAGAGAAGGAAGGCCAGAAGGGACCUCAAGAGAUCAUCUAGUCCCACCAGGGAUUGAACCUGCUAUUUUGGUAUUAUUAGUACCACACUCUAACCAUAAGGGAAGUGUUUACAUUCUGCAAGGUGUAAAGGCUGCUUUCUGCAUUGCCAUUUGAGUGUUGUGAAGUUAAUUUUUUUCACAUGGCUAUUUCCAGUGUGUGCUGCAUCAUGAUGUGCAGUGUUUCAGGGGGGUUGUUUGUAUAUUUUUUGCAACAGAAUGCCUUUCAAAAGAUCAGAUAAGAUCAAUGAAUGUUUCAUAGUGUGUUACCUACACUGACCUCUGCAAAUAUUUGUCCUUAUUUUGAAUAUUUUCACAUUUUUUAAAAUGUUUUUUCUAUAUUAGUAUUGGGGAUACUUUAAUCAGUGGGUCUCAUUUUGCAAUUUUAUACCAAUGUACACUAACAGAGCAUGAAGUGGUAUAAUAGUACAAGCCAGACUGUUCUGUGUGACAUCCCACUGAACUCAUCUGCAGUUAAGAUGUCAGCGCCUUGGAGUGUUCUGCAGAAUAUGGGACCAGAGCUUUUGUUCAGUUUUAAAAAGUUUUAAAAUACUUGUAAAUCUGGUAGUGCAGAGGUCAAGGUAUCGGGUGAUAAAUAGAGACUAACAUAACAUGCAUAUUGGUUGCCUCAUGGCAAAGCAUUAUGUUUUUAUUCUGUUUAUGAACCAGAAAAUCCUUGUUUAGCUCACAGUUUGAGAGAGAGAGAAAUGGUGAAACGAAUGACAUUUCUUAGCUUUGACAUUCGCUUGUAUCACAAGAGGAGGUAUUAAUUUGCACCUCUAAGGUUGCUCCUUUCCACAAGUCUAACAGUUACUCACUUCUUGAAAAUGUAAGUUUGCUCCACCCUUCAAAGUGACAUCAUGGAAAAUCUGAGUUGAUAGCAGAACAGUAUUUUCAUAACUUGCCAGGCAAGGAGUUUGGUGGUUUUCUUUAUGAUACGUUGCAUUUUCUUUGUUUUGUCGUGGAAGCAGAAUAAGACUCAUGGAGUGGAUGAAUCCUUUCAAAUGUUGCAUAAACUUGUUAAAUCACCUGCAGACACCAUCUUACUAUCCAUUAAAUAUUCCUACUUUGAGCUUUUUUCUUUGAAAAAGUAUGUUUCUUGUGUAAAGUUGAAAUGGCAACAGAACAGACCAAGAAAAUAUUCAUUGUCAAAAUCAGCAUAACAAAGACAUGCAGGAGGUAUUUUACUACAUGUGAACAUCUUUGUUAGUUACUGUCUGCUUUUUAUACUGAAUAUAUUUAAAAUAAAAUCUUUUCUUUUUUGUA